GCGGAGGGGUAGCUUCAGGAAGGGACGGCUGCCCGGAUGCGCGGGCCCGCGGCACUGGGCGCGGCGGCGAGCGCGCUGGUGGCCGCCUUGCUCCUGCUGCUGCGUGAGGACGCGGGGCCCGGUGCGGCCCCAGGGGACCCCGCCGGCAUGGCCGAGGCCGAGGAGCUGCCGAAGCUUCGGGAAGACUUCAGGAUGCAGAACAAAUCUGUCUUUAUUCUGGGCGCCAGCGGGGAAACCGGCAAAGUGCUCUUAAAAGAAAUCCUGGAACAGAGAUUGUUUUCCAGAGUCACUCUUAUUGGCCGGAGGAAGCUCACCUUCGACGAGGAAGCUUAUAAAAAUGUGAAUCAAGAGGUGGUGGACUUUGAGAAGCUGGAUGACUACGCUGCUGCCUUUCAAGGUCACGAUGUUGGAUUCUGUUGCUUGGGUACCACCAGAAAAAAGGCCGGGGCGGAUGGAUUUGUUCGUGUCGACCGAGAUUAUGUGCUGAAGUCUGCAGAGCUGGCAAAAGCUGGAGGGUGCAAACAUUUCAACUUGCUGUCUUCGAAAGGAGCUGAUAAGUCGAGCAAUUUUUUAUAUCUACAAGUUAAGGGGGAAGUGGAAGCCAGAGUUGAAGAAUUAAAAUUCGAUCGCUACUCAAUAUUUAGGCCUGGAGUUCUAUUAUGUGACAGGCAAGAAUCUCGCCCAGGUGAAUGGAUGGUUAGGAAAUUCUUUGGUUCUUUACCAGAAUCCUGGGCCCGUGGGCAAUCUGUGCCUGUGGUGACCGUGGCUAGAGCAAUGCUUAACAACAUGGUGAGACCAAGCGACAAGAAGGUGGAACUUCUGGAAAACAAGGGCAUCCAUGACCUGGGGAAGGCCAGUGGCUCUCUCAAGCCAUGAGACUUUGCACUGUAAACCCCACACCCAGCACCACAUUGGUAAUUUCAGGGUCUAAAGAAAAGUCAGCAUGCCUCAACUUUGUUGUUUAUUCUGGGACACUCAGAGCCAAUCAGGACACAAUCGUGCUCUGUCUCAGUGGUUCAGAGCCCAGCUGUACGUGCAGCUCAACCAGGGAGCUUUGGAAGAACAGAUUCCUAGGCUCUAUCUUAAGCUUUCCAGAUCAGAAGUUCUGGGACGUGGACACCAGAAUACAUGCUUUCCUUUUGCUAAAACUGCUGCUGGUGGUUCUGACGUCGCUGGUUGGGAGACCAGCUUUGAAACACUUGCCUGCAGAGUCACAGCAGCAGUCUCUGAUGGACCACAGAGAUGAGCUCUGUUCUAAAACUGGUGACAUUGUUGUCUCUGAGUUAUCCAGGUGCUAAUGAACCAUAUAGCAUUGUGUAAGUGAACAUUGUGCCUUUACUACUGCUUUGGAAAAUAUAAUAAAAGUUAGAGCUAAGCUUAUAUAGUUCACGGGGAAAAUGAAAAAGAGGAAUAAAUGGACAUCUUAGGUGCUUCUUCAAUUGUUUGAAAAUGUCCAAGUAUUCGUGGUGAAAGAAUGGCAAUUAAUAUUUAUUAAGUGCUUGCUAAGUUUUAUCUUUACAUGUGUUAGCUGUAUGUUAACCUUCCAAACCGUCCAUACUGUCAUUAACCUCGUAUCUUAAAUGGGGAAACAGGCUCUUUGUAGUCAGCUUUCUUGCCCAAGGGCUAAAGCUGAAAACAUCGCUGGGAAACGUCGGUCAGGAUUCUAACCUAGAUCAGCCUGAUUGCAUGGCUUCUACUUUUAUGUACUCUGCAAGAGCACCCUGUAUCUGCGUAUUUUCCAGUGACUCCAGUUAAUUGUUAAUACAAGUUGUGGAUGAAUAAAAUUGGAAUAUUUGGGUUU